AUGGGAAAAUUUGUUCAAUAAACAAAAUGUGUAAUCCAAAAGAAUUUCUAUAGUAAUAUUGGAAGCUAUGGGGAAUUAUUUUGUUUUUUAAUUUUCACAUUUUUAUUGGCUUCAAUUAAUUGGUUAUAUUCCUUUGGCUCAUCUGGCGCUUUAGUUUUUGCAUAAAGGUAACUAUCACCGAAUUAUAUUUAAGUUACAUGCUUUUUCCUAAUUUUUUAGUUAAUUUAAUUUUUUUAAUGAUAAUAGUCACUGAGAAGAUAAAUAGAUAAAAAGAAAACUAAUUAAUAAUGGGAUUGAAAUUAAGCUCAUAUUAUACUGGAUGGAUUAUAUCAUUUUUUUUAUGGAUAUGUAUUAACGCAUCAGUGUCCAUGAUUAUAUUCUUAAGUUAUUUAGCUUUAAGUAACUAUCAAUUUACAUUUUACGAUUACAUAAUGUUUUAUAUUCAGUACAUAUUUUUCUCAUUUGCUUAUGUUGGAUAAACUUGUAUGAUAAGUAGUUUUUUUUCAAAUCCGAGAAUAGCUGUCUAUAUAUAUAUUUUAAUCAAUAUUUUCAUAGAUAUGAGCAUUGAUGAAUUAUUAUCAUCGAAUUAAUAGAAAUAUUUAACAUUCAUAAUUUCUAUCUUUCCAUAAGAUUUGAUAUUUUAUUAUUGGAUAAAAUAAUUCAACUUUAAUCAUAAGGACCUUAAUGAUUUAGAUUAGAUCACUUUUGGUUACACUUUUGGACUAUUUGUUUUUUUAGUUCAAGGAACUAUAGGAAUUCUAUUAUUCUUAUAUUUAGAUUAAAUAAUUCCUCAUUCUAUCGGAAAAUAGAAAUCUCCUUUUUUUAUAUGCUAAUAUUUGUUUCGAAAUAAGAAACAUCAAGUUGAUUCAGGCUAGGUGACUUUAAUAUAAAAUUUAGAAUUACAACAUUAUAAUAGUUUAGGAUCAGAAUUAAUAAAUCCUCAAGAUUAAAUCAUAUAGAUUGAUAAUAAUAAAAACUAUGUUAUUAAAUUAUUUUAGUUGACCAAAGUAUACAGUGGAUAAUCAGUAGUAAAUUAACUAAGUCUUAAACUGAAUAAAAAUACUAUUUUUAGUCUAUUAGGUCAUAAUGGAGCUGGUAAAUCAACUACAAUCAAUAUGAUAUGUGGACUAAUCGAAAAGACUAGUGGUUAAAUUCAUAUAAAUGGAUACGAUAUUGAUAAAAAUUUGGAUGAAAUUAGAUAGGAUUUAGGUUAUUGUUCAUAAAAAGAUAUUCUAUAUUAAGACAUGACUGUUAAGCAACAUCUUUAAUUUUAUGGACAAUUGAAAUUGGUUAAUUAAUUAUAAUUAUCUGUAUAAAUAGAGCAUGUUUUAUAAAUCUGCCAUCUUUAGUAAGAAUAAAAUAUAUAUGUUAAGAAUUUAAGUAGAGGAGGAAAGAGAAAAUUAUGUUUGGCUAUUGCUUUAAUGGGAAAUUCUAAAGUUUUACUUUUGGAUGAACCUACUUCAGGUUUAGAUCCUAUUAGUAGAUAACAAAUAUAUAAUAUACUUAGUGAGAUUAAAUAAGAUCGAUGUAUAAUUUUAACAACUCAUUAUUUGGAAGAAGCAUAAGAAUUAUCUGAUUAUAUUGGAAUUAUCUAAUAAGGAAAAUUAACUGUUUUUGGAACUGCUGAUUAAAUUAAGAAAUAAUUCUCUAUAGGUUAUAAUAUUCUAAUUGAAUGUUAAAAUGAAUUACAUUAAAAUUAGAUUUAAGAUUAAAUUUAAGCUACUUUAAAUUUAAUUUGCAAAAAUGAAAUUUUAUUUAUUCCUUAGAAGAAAAAUCUAAAGUUAAAUAUUCCUCUUAGUAAUAGAAAUAAUAUGGCCUCUGUUCUUGAAUAUUUGGAGACGGUUUAGAAUAUUAAUAUUUAAUUUGAAAUGACUACUCUUGAAGAUGCUUACAUUAAAAUUCAUUCUUAAACAGAUUGGGUUGACAAUCAAAUUGACAUAGAUAACAACAUUCUAUUAAAUAAAAUAUUCUUUAAUUUCACUCCUCAUUUUGAUUUUAUUAAUUAGGUAUACUGUCUAUUUAUGAGUAGAAUUUAUAUGACUGGAUAAAAUAAAAGGUAAUAUAUAAUUUUUUUAAUUUCUUGGGCAUUGUGUAUGGGAAUUUUUUAUUUUUACUUGAAGUACUUCCACUUUUAUAUUAUUACCGCAAGUUACAUUGUAAACAAAUUAAUCUAUAUCAGCUCCUCCUAAGAAUCUACUUAUUAUGAAUAAUAGAAAAAUAUCUUAGAUUAAUAUUUAGCACAUGGAGCGAAGAUAAUAUCAUAUUAUACAUCAGUAUUUCUAUUUGAUUUAGUUGUCUUAAUAUUCGAAUAAAUAAUUACAAUCAUAAUUUUUCUUAUAUCCUACAAGAUUAAAUAUGAUAACGAUAAUGAGUAUCAUUCAACACAUCCUUCUUCAACCUAUGUUGAAUACUGUCAAUAAUACUUUUUAAAUAUGAUCAGAUAUCAAAUAUUUUUAACUCUACUCAUUAUGGCUCAAAAGUGUCAAAUUUAUGCAUUUAUAUCUUUUUAUAAGAGCUCUAGGUUUUUUUAAUUUUUUUCACCAUGUUCAAUCGUUUGUUUAAAUAUUCUUGAAGUUCGUACAUUUUCUCUUUUUAUUGAUAAAGGUAAUUAAUUCAUUGGAAUAUUUAUACCACUUUGGCCACUUUGGCCACUUUUUGCAGACUCUGAUGAAUAAGAAAAAUCUCUAAUAGCUUCAAUUAUUUUUUAUUUCCUUUUAACAAAUUACGUGAAAUAUAAAUAAUUUUAAAGAUAAUCAAGUUAAAAUUUUUAAGGAAAUAUUUAAGUAAAUUAGGUCAAUUAUAAAAUAAAGAAUAAAACAAUUUUAGAGAAUAUAGAUUUUACAAUAUAACCCUCUGAAAUAUUUGGAUUACUUGGACCGUAAUUAUAUUAUUUUUAUUAAAUAUUUUUAGUAAUGGAGCCGGCAAGACAAGUACUUAUGAAAUAAUCACAAGAAAAAAUAAACCAAAUUCAGGAUUUGUAGAAAUUAAAAAUGAAUCUACCAAAGUUGGAUUGGUUCCAUCCUUUUCACCACUUCAUGAUGAUCUUACAUUAGUUUAGCAUUUCAAAAUUUAUGGGUAACUUAAAGGCUUAAGUUCCGAUAAGAUUAAUACAUUCAUUGAGUCUUAUUGUUCCUAUAUGGAUUUAAACAAAAUAUAAAAUAAAAAAGCAGCGGUCUUGACUGGAGGUGAAAGAAGAAAAGUUUAAAUUGGCAUAGCGUUGAUUGGUAAUUCAUCAAUAUUGCUUAUGGAUGAACCAACAGCUGGAUUAGAUCCUCUGUUUGGUUAACAAUUUCAAUAAUUAAUAUUAAAAACAUGUUAAUAAAUUUAGAGUUCUAUUUUCAUUACUACUAAUUCUAUGACAGAAGCUUAAAGAAUUUGUGGAACAAUUGGAAUUAUCAUAAAUGGUUAAUUAAAGUUCAAAGGGACUUUAAAUGAAUUAAGAUAAUAAUAUGAUAAUAGAAUUUAAUUAAGUUUUAUUUUAAAAAAUAAAGAAGAUAAAGAAUAAUUAAAAUAGUUGGUUAUUUAAAAUUUAACUGUAAAUAUUAUUGAAGUUUAAACAUAAAGUGAAAAAAAAUUAACUGUUUUUGUUGAUAAUCAAAUAAUCAAAUUGUCUUAAGUUUUUAGAUUUUGUUAAACUACGGAAGUUGAUAAUUUAAUUAAUGAUUUUUAAAUUUAAUAAGCCAGUUUGGAUUAAAUUUAUAAACUCUAUGUAUCACAAUAAUAAAUAGAUAAUAAUCCUUAAGAAAUAGAAGAAGAUUUUUAUUGA